GAAAACGGUACGGCGAGCCUUGGUCUCCGCCUCCUUGCCGUUGCUUCACUGUUGACAUCUCCGCCGCUGUUCUCACGUUGCUUACAGGGCGCCACAUCAGGCUCCUUCCAAGUCGGCGGUGAGACCAGCGGGCUGCCGUCCCGCGGCGGUUGAAUGGAGCAGGGAGCGAGCGAGUACGGGUCCGGUACUCCGGUAUCGCAGCAGUUGGCAGUCGCAGGGGACCUCUGUGGUGCGGCUGCAGCGGCUGUGCCCAAGGGCUGGCUUCCACGGCGGGCGUGGCUGUGAGCAUUUGGAUAGGGCAGAUGAGGAGACGGCCCGCUGCAGCUGCAGGGGAUCCUCCAUGGCUGCCAGGGCAGGUCUUUCGAUGAGAGCUGAGCGUCUGCUCCUUCUCUCAGAUCCACUCCAUGGCGAUGUGCGCUACAAAAUAUGAGGAGGAUGCUUCAUCGUACAUUGUAUUGCCGCAUCAGUUCCUAAAGAGGUCAAGUUGAUAUCCAGCAUAUUAGUUGAAUCUAACUGCUAUACUCAGUCUUUGCUACUUUUUCAUAUAAGAUGGACCUUCGAGAAAGUAUGGUCACUGAAAUGAUCCAAGGGGAUGACAGAUCAAAAUGGUUAUCACAUAGCAACCAUAACAUAAAAUGCUUCGCAGAGAGCGAGAUAAGAAGAAUUACCAGCAACUACGAAACUAUCAUUGGAAACGGCGGCUUUGGAGAAGUUUACAAAGGUGUUAUCCAAGAUGGAAGAAUAGUUGCAGUCAAGAGAUUUAUGUGUAAUGUAGAAGAAAAUUUUGCCAAAGAGCUGAAAGUACACUGUGAAAUCAACCACAAGAAUGUAGUUAGGCUCAUAGGCUACUGUGCCGAGGAAAAUGCCCUAAUGAUAGUCAGUGAGUAUAUAUCUAAAGGGAACCUUAGCGAUAUUCUUCACCAUGAAUGCAUUCCCAUCACGUUGGAUACACGACUGAGGAUUGCGGUGGAGUGUUCAGAGGCAUUGUGUUACAUGCAUUCACAAAUGUAUACUCAGGUCAUUCAUGGUGAUAUCAAACCUGCCAAUAUACGAUUAGAUGACAACUUCAAUGCAAAAAUAUCUAACUUUGGAAUAUCAAGACUUGUCAACACAGGCUCGACCCUUUUCACUGAUCAUGUAAUAGGGAGCAUAGGUUACAUGGACCCUUUGUUUGCUCGCAGCGGGCGUCUCACCUCGAAGAGUGAUGUUUACAGUUUCGGGAUCGUCCUGGUUGAAUUGAUUACAAAGAAAAAGGCAGCGAUAAGAAAUGGGGAGACAGGCAUAGUUGAAUGUUUCACCCAAGCUCUUGCAACAGGGAAGAGAAAGGUGAGACAGCUGUUCGAUGUUGAAAUCUCAAGCCAGAACAACAUGAAGGUUCUUGAAGGGGUUGCGAAGCUAGCAGGACAAUGCUUGAGGAUGGAAAUGGAUCAACGCCCUGAUAUGAGAGAUGUGGCAGAACGUCUUCUGGCACUUAGGAAAACUCAAGUUCAAGGAAAACAAACACUAACUACUUUUCCUUGGGCGUGGAGGAGCAAGCCAGCAGCUCAAAACAACUUGCAAUCUUCUAGCCCAGUCAUGCCACAAUCUUUGCCAUCCAACUUGUGCCGCCAUUUCUCACUUAAAGAGUUGAAAUCCACGACAAGAGACUUUGAUGAGUCACACGUUGUUGGCCAGGCUGGAUCUGGUUGGGUUUACUAUGGAGUGAUUGAUGGGGGAGCAACCAAGGUGGUUAUCAAACGUGGCACAGUAGGGCAGGAUGUGAGUAAGUUCCUCACAAAGAUAGCGAUGAUAGCAAAGCUACGCCACCUUCAUCUUGUAUCAUUGGUCGGUUACUGCAAAGUAGAAAACGUGGUGAUGCUGAUCUAUGACUACAUGGCUGGUGGCACCCUGCGUGAGAACCUUUACGCUAACAACACCAAGAAGCGACUGCUUACUUGGAGUCAGUGUCUAGGCGUCUGCAUUGGUGCUGCUCGUGCCCUGCGUUACCUUCACGAGUGUUCCAUCAUCCCUUUUGUUGUGUCAACAACGAACAUUCUCCUAGAUGAGAGAUUGGUCGGCAAGGUUUCAAGUGCAGUCUCGCUCCAGCAGGAUAACACAGUUACGAUUUAUUGGAGAUAUGGUUUUAUUGAUCCUGAAUUUUACCGCACCGGGGAACUCACAGAGAAAUCCAAUGUGUAUUCUUUUGGUGUUGUGCUGUUUGAGGUUUUGUGUGCUCGGGCUGCCUGGGAUCGUAGUCUUCCAAGGAGACAAGCUCACUUGGUACAAUGUGCCCUUAAUUGCCAGAAAAAGGGCAUUCUUGAUCUGAUUGUUGAUCCCUAUCUUGAAGGGAAGAUUUCUCCAUGGUGCUUCAAGAAAUUUGUGGAGAUUGCUGAGAAAUGUGUUAGUGAUCGUGGUAUCGAUCGCCCUACAAUGCAAGAAGUGCUUGAGAACUUGGAGUUGUGCCUUGCAGACCAAAGCAGAAGCCUUGGUGAUGAGAUGCCAGACGAUGCUGACGCUGAUGGUCCUUCAAGGAGAGAACGUCGGCUGAACCUGGAGAUGUACCUUGCAGAAGACGAUGAUUCCACCCAAUGAUUCCAGCUAUUGUAGCGAGAUAUCCACAUCUGAAGAUGAUGGCAUGGAUGGAAUGAGCAAUUUGCUAAUAGUAUGGGUACAGGAUUGCCAGUGGCGUCCCUUUCUUUCGUUAUCCAGGUGUUGUAAUGGGUUUCUCAGGUCGUUCGCCCGCACUAUUAUGUCCUAGUAUUGCGCUGGCUACAGUUUACAGUUGGGUCAUCAUCAUUAUGUAUAAAACUGGUUCCUUCGUUUCGUCCUGCAUAAGACACCAUUGAUCGUACUAGCAUCUUGUUUCUGCUGAACGUCAGGAUGCAGAAGAAGUUGCGCAGAUCGAGAGCUGAAGCAUCUCAGAAGCGGGCAGCAGAUAUAUGGCCACAUGAGCAGUGCAAAUGAUGAAUGGCCGAGAGCUGUUCCAACAUGAACCUUGGGUGUUUGACAAUAACUACAUUUUGUCGAGAUGGUCAAAUUUGUGGGGUUUUUCCCGAGGGAACUACGAUGGGCAAAAUCCAGCCAAGAAGAUAUGGCCUGCCUUCCAAUUUCCAA